AUGCAGCGAGCAUCCCGAGCAGCCGCCGCUGCGGCAGCCGCAACCACAGCGCGACCUGAGGACGCGGUGCCAGCGGCUGCCGAAUUUUCCCCUGCAGAGAGCCAGAGAAGGAAUAAAACGAAGAAAAGAAGCCAAAAUCUCGGCUUCGUUUGGUUUUUGAGCUGUUCAAAAACUAAUUUGUUUAUGAAAACGCCCUGCGCCUGUAAUCGGGACAACUGGAGGCAAUGGAUCCGACCGACCCCUGCUCGCUGGCUUAUUUACGUAAUUUCCAUCCUCGUUUCGGUUCCCUUCGGUGUUUGGGAACUUCAGAAACUAAAGGUUGGAAUACACACUGAAGCAUGGUUUAUUGCUGGUAUCUUUCUGCUGCUGACAAUCCCUGUGUCCCUCUGGGGGAUUCUGCAGCACUUAGUGCAUUUGAAACCUAUUAUAAGGAUUCUUUGGGUGGUCCCAAUAUACAGUAUGGAUAGCUGGUUGGCUUUGAAAUUUCCCCAAAUUUCCAUCUACGUGGACACCUUGAGGGAGUGCUACGAAGCAUUUUAUGUCAUUUAUAACUUCAUGAUAUUCCUUAACAACUACCUAGCAAUCCGAUUCCCCAAUGUGAUACUCCACCUGGAAGCUAAAGAUCAGCAACAGCUUCUCUGUCCUCUGUGCUGCUGUCCACCCUGGGCUAUGGGAGAAAUACUGCUUUUUCAGUGCAAACUAGGAGUGUUGCAGUACUCUGUGGUCAAACCGAUCACCACUGUGACAGCGUUGAUAUGUGAGAUUGGUGGUGUCUACGGUGAAGGGAACUUUAGUUUCUCCAACGCUUGGACUUACUUGAUUAUAUUAAAUAACCUGUCAAAAUUGUUUGCAGUGGUGUGCUGCCUCUGGCUGUUUUACAAUGUUCUGAAAGAAGAGCUCAGCCCUAUAAAACCUGUUGGCAAAUUUCUUUGUGUCAAACUGGUAGUCUUUGUCUCAUUCUGGCAAGCAAUGCUUAUUGCUUUGUUGGUUAAGGUUGGCGUUAUUUCCAAAAAGUGCACCUGGGAAUGGCAAAGUGCCGAAGCUGUGGCCACAGGCCUGCAGGAUUUCAUCAUCUGCCUGGAGAAGUUCUUCGCGGCCAUUGCCCAUCAUUACUCCUUCUCCUAUAAACCGUACGUGCAAGAUGCAGAGAAAGGCUCGUGCUUCUACUCCUUCCUCGCCAUGUGGGAUUUGUCAGACAUUAAAAAUGAUAUUUGUGAGCAAGUGCGAUGUGUCGGGAGAACAAUGCGAGGUUAUCCCCCCAAAAAAUGUUUUCCCGAAGACCCAGAGCAUACUGAACACCCAAGUCUGCUCUCCUCAUCGCCACGCGAUGCAGGUUCUCCAGGUUCACUCCACGGCCAGUAUCAGGGCUUUGCACAUACGAUCACUUUUGACAUAAUCCACUAUUAA